GAAUCGGUAUCGAAUAUGUAAUAAGUAUAGGGAAAAUGGAGGGCCUACGCAAAACAUGACCGAAGUGUGUCCACAAGGCAAGGGGUUGUAAGCAACGUUGGUGUACCCCACUUUGCAUGAAUUGCCUUGAGUUUCAAUAGGACAGCCAUUUCAUAAUAAUUCAGGAAAUUCGGAACUUCUGGAUCACUUACUGGGCAAUGGAUAUGGAAGUGUGACUUUACACCAACUUGUUUCAUUGAACAUGUCGAAUGGAUGCAACCCACACAAGAAAGACAUCGCGUAGAGAAGCAAUGCAAAUUAUGCAUUGAAGAUGGGAAGGUUUUGCACAGACCACGCAAGUGAUUAAACUUCAGAAGCGAAUCGGAACGAAAAUCAUACCAAGAAAAUAACUUAAGAUCUACUAAAGACGGAGAAUCAGUUCUCACUCCACAAAGUGUCGAGUGAAUGACUGAGGGCUCCCAGGCUUGACUUGACCAGCUCUUACCAACUAACACAGUAGACCUGUAGUACUUGUAGAUUGUUCAGCCACCUAUCCUGCAAUGCAAGGGAAGUGGACAACAAUUUUUCAUCAUGGAGGAAUACACAAUGGAAAUACCAAUUGAACAGUGUGCUGCAUCUGGCAGCAAGCCAAUUUGCUACUUGUGCAAGUGUGCAAUAGGCAGUGAAAGGGGUAUCAUUUGGAACACUAUAGUGUCCAGGUAGUCCAUAAAACUGGAUUUUUAUCCAGUUUUUGUACCUAAAGCCUAGGCUAGCUCACAUUUGAUUCUCUCAAGUGAGUAACUUUGUCCUGAGCCCUGCUUGGGACUAAUGUAACGGUUGUGUUUGGGUGAACUUAGUUACCAAUCACAAUGAGUAAGUCAGAGAGCCACAACAGCGGCAGCUCGCUGUCAAACGGAGUUGCGUCGUUGGAGGAAAGAGACACGGACGUCCCACUAAAGAGUCAUAGCAGUGAGAGUGUGACUAAGCAAGGCAGCAAAGGCAAGUCUGGUGACACACAGACAGAGGAGGCAGAAGCUGCCGAUGCGAGUCACUCGGGUGUAAAUGGCGAGUCCAGUAUGGGAAACAGCGUCGUGAUUUCUAAUCGCAGAUCUCCUAACUUUUCUGAUACUGAUGUGAAUGUUGAGUCCUUCCACAACGACAAGGUUACAGAAAACUCUGAAAGUGCAGCUGAUACAAAACACACAGUAAUCAGUGAUGAAAGUAGCACCACUGGAUAUAGCAGUAGAUUAGAUAGCAUCGGUGAUAAAGAACUAUUAAAAGAAAAAGUGCCUGAUACAUCUGUUCACUUAGCAAAUUCACAUCCAAAUGGAACUGCUCUGAAGAGCGCCAGAAAAGACAGUAAUAUGAAGCCAGAAAGGGGUAGAAUAGCUUCCGGAAAUGGAAAGAAACAAAAGUCAGUUGUAAUUAUGGCUCCUGUAAAGGAUAUCACUGAAAAUGGUCACAUAGAGGUACACAAAGAAGAGAAGGUUGAGCCUUUACAGAUACAUGAAAUGCAUGAUUCUGAAAGACGUCUCCUAAUAGAAACUGAGGAAGCAGAACCAGAAGCAGUGGAAGAAAAAGCCAUUGCUAAGUCUGCUGAUGGCCGCUUCAUGAAGUAUGAUGUAGCAGUAGGACAAGGUUCCUUCAAGACUGUGUUCAGAGGGUUGGAUACAGAGACUGGAGUUGCAGUGGCAUGGUGUGAAUUGCAGGAGCGCAAGCUGAGUCGUUCUGAGCGGCAGAGAUUCAAAGAAGAGGCCGAGAUGCUGAAGGGACUCAGUCAUCCAAAUAUUGUUAGCUUCUAUGACUACUGGGAAGAAGUCAGCCCCAGAGGAAAGAAACAUAUAGUACUUGUCACCGAACUUAUGACAUCUGGAACCUUGAAAACAUAUCUCAAACGCUUCAAGGGCGUGAAGAACCGUGUGCUGCGAAGCUGGUGCCGUCAGAUCCUGAAGGGCCUGCACUUCCUCCAUACAAGACAACCUCCCAUCAUACACCGUGAUCUCAAAUGUGACAACAUCUUCAUCACAGGCACUUCUGGUGCUGUCAAGAUUGGUGAUCUGGGUCUGGCCACCCUCAAAAAGAGCUCCUUUGCCAAAAGUGUAAUAGGUACACCCGAGUUUAUGGCUCCGGAGAUGUACGAGGAGCACUAUGACGAGGCUGUCGAUGUGUAUGCGUUUGGCAUGUGCUUGCUGGAGAUGGCCACAUCCGAGUAUCCGUACGCAGAGUGCUCCAAUGCUGCACAGAUCUACCGAAGAGUUACCACGGGAGUGAAACCACAAAGCUUUGAAAAAGUCAAUGACAACAAGAUCAAAGAAAUCAUUGAUGGCUGCACCAAAACAAACAACACAGAGAGGUAUCUUAUCCAGGAGCUUCUGAAGCACACAUUCUUUGAGGAUACUGCUUUCCGCGUGGACAUCGUCCAUGAUGACAACAAAGAUCAGAUACAGCUCCAGCUGCGUGUGGAAGACCCCAAGAAGAGAAGAGAGAGGCACAGAGACAAUGAAGCUCUCCAGUUUGAGAUUGAUUUGAAUAAAGAUGAACCUGACCAAGUUGCUAAAGAAAUGGUAAUUAAAUUCCUCUUUUCAUAAUUUUGGGCAGUGUAA